UAAAUAGGAAUGAGAAAGGGGCGUAAGGUUUAGCGUGGGAAGAGAUAAGGAGGAGGGAGGGGGUUUAUUCCUUCCCCUCGUCUCUUAAACCUUCUUGCUCGCCUCGUGUGUACCAGACAAUGGAGUCUACAAACUCAGGCAGCGUGGAUGCACAUGUGGACCCUUUCUUGCUUGAAGCUCUUCAAAACCCUCGCCAUCGUCUUACUAUUCUGCGAAUGGAGCUCGAUAUUCAGAAGUUUUUGCGGAAUUCUGAUCAACUAGAGUUUGAAUUCCAACAUUUCCCGACUUCUUAUCUUCGUCUUGCUGCACAUCGUGUCGCUCAGCACUAUGGUCUGCUCACCAUGGUUCAGGAUAACUUCUUGGAUGGCCAGGGAAUGCGAAUAGUGGUCAAGAAAACAGCCGAAAGCAUAUAUCCUCGUGUUUGUUUGUCAGAUGUACCUAUCAAACAGUCUGAAAAUGACAGCACUGCGCAGAAAAAAAUUGUCAUACAAUCAAGGCCCACAAGUGCCUCCUCAAGUGACAAUAUUGGUGGGUUGAGAAAGCAUAAUUCCAUUAAAUCCGUGGAGGUGAGAAAGGAGGAGUAUGACAGAGCACGAGCUCGUAUAUUCAGUGGUUCUUCUAGCUCCCCUGAAUCUGUAUCUCUGAAGCAUCAGAAUAAUGUCUACUCUACUGGGAUAGAAAAUGAAGGUUCAAGGAAUGAUGUCAUGGAUAUGGAGCGGAAUGUAACUAAUAGGGAAGGUGGUACAUCAUCCCGAGUAGCCAUUCUCAGGGACAGGGAGAAGGAUCUCAUAGAUCCAGAUUAUGAUCGCAGCUACCAGAGAUAUAACAGGAAUCUUCCUGAUAGUCAAAACUUUGGCUCGACACAAAUGCAUAUGCAGAAUUUUCAGUCUCCACCAUAUCUACAUUAUGAUACAGCUCUGCCACAGUUCGGACAUAUGCCAGACACUCAAGCUUCGCCCAGUUACUGUUACAGUAGCUUUGUCCAGAUCCCUUAUUAUGCUAGCAGACCAUAUCAGUCAUCAAUGGAUGCUGUUUAUGUGCAGGUGCCUUCUCCGGCUAUGAUGUAUCCACAAUCGUAUGAUCAGCUCAGGAAUGCUGUCUUGCAGGCACCUAUCUAUCAGCAGCCCCUAUGUUUUGAUUACACCAACUACUGAAUACAAUUGAAGGUUGCCCUUCAAUGCUGUCAAUAUUAUAUUCUUUCAUUUAGCUUUUCUCUUUUUGAACACCGGAGAAGAGGAUUAUCAGUCACAUUAUAUGUUUUGUUGGUUUACUUUUUGUUCUUUUCCAACAUUAUUAGUGACAUUUCAAAUAUUAUUGUUUUCUUAAGAGUAGUACUUGUUACUUCUCUAUUUUGUCUAAUUACCUAUACUGAUAGAUCAUUUGCGGUUCAUUUUUUUCA